AUGUCCAUCAGAGAUUUAUACCAUGAAAGGGCUUCCCCAUUUAUAUCGUUGGAAUUCUUCCCACCAAAGACUGAUUUGGGGACAAGGAACUUGAUGGAACGUAUGCAUCGUAUGUCUGCCUUAGAUCCACUAUUCAUCACAGUUACUUGGGGAGCUGGAGGUACCACUGCGGAGAAGACGCUGGCACUAGCUUCAUUGGCACAGCAGACAUUAAGUAUACCAGUUUGUAUGCAUUUAACUUGCACAAACACUGACAAAACCAUCAUUGAUGAUGCGCUAGACAGAUGCUAUGCUGCAGGAGUCAGAAAUAUUCUGGCUCUUCGCGGCGAUCCGCCUAUUGGAGAAGAUUGGUUGGAUUCUCAGUCAAACGAGUCACCUUUUAAAUAUGCGGUCGACUUAGUUCGUUAUAUUAAACAAAGGCAUGGGGACAAAUUUUGUGUGGGGGUCGCAGCCUAUCCAGAAGGUCAUUGUGAAGGAGAGGCAGAAGGCAACGAGCAGGAUCCAUCGAAGGAUCUGGUAUAUUUGAAAGAGAAGGUUGUGGCCGGGGCAGAUUUUGUAAUUACGCAACUGUUUUACGAUGUUGAGAAAUUCUUGACUUUUGAGACGUUGUUUCGCGAACAAAUUUCGCAAGAUUUACCUCUGUUCCCUGGGUUGAUGCCCAUCAACUCUUAUCUGUUAUUUCACAGAGCUGCAAAAUUGUCACAUGCAUCCAUUCCACCUUCCAUAUUGAACAGGUUCCCCCCAGAAAUCCAAUCGGAUGACAAUGCUGUAAAGUCUAUUGGAGUGGAUAUUCUUAUUGAAUUAGUCCAAGAAAUAUAUCAAAGAACAUCGGGUAGAAUCAAAGGGUUUCAUUUCUACACCUUGAAUCUGGAAAAAGCCAUUGCUCAAAUCGUUUCACAGUCCUUUGUCUUAUCGCAUAUCGUGAAUGAAUCAAGCGAAGAAGAAGGAGAAGAUGAAACGGGUGGGGAAAUAAGGAGUAUAGAGAACGUACCGAUAGAGGACGCUGAUGGGGAUAUUGUAUUAGAUGACUCAAACGAAGAUACCGCUGCAAACAGGAAGAGAAGAAGACACUCCAGUCUUGAUUCUGCCAAGCUGAUUUUCAAUAGAGCUAUUGUCACUGAAAAGGGCCUACGUUACAACAACGAGAAUGGUUCUAUGCCAUCUAAAAAGGCAUUAAUAUCUAUUUCUAAGGGUCACGGGACUUUGGGCCGUGAUGCCACUUGGGAUGAGUUCCCCAACGGUAGAUUUGGUGACUCCAGAUCUCCUGCAUAUGGUGAAAUCGAUGGUUAUGGGCCAUCCAUCAAAGUUAGUAAAAACAGAGCACUUGAAUUGUGGGGGACGCCAAGGACAAUCGGAGAUCUCAAAGAUAUCUUUAUAAAAUAUUUGGAAGGUUCAACCGAUGCGAUUCCAUGGUCUGACUUGGGUUUAUCAGCGGAAACGGCAUUGAUUCAGGAAGAACUAAUUCAAUUGAACUAUCGCGGAUAUUUGACGUUGGCGUCCCAACCAGCCACGAAUGCCACGUUAAGCAGUGACAAGAUAUUCGGUUGGGGGCCCGCGAAGGGGAGAUUAUACCAAAAAGCGUUUGUUGAGAUGUUCAUUCAUAGGCAGCAGUGGGAAGCCACGUUGAAACCCAAGUUAGACCAUUAUGGACGUCGGAAAUUCAGCUACUACGCGGGAGAUUCAUCUGGCUCAUUCGAAACGAACCUGGAUCCACAUAGUUCUAGUGUGGUGACAUGGGGUGUUUUUCCCAACAGCCAAGUGAAACAGACCACUAUCAUCGAGGAAGAGUCGUUCAAGGCGUGGAGAGAUGAAGCGUUCAGUAUCUGGUCCGAAUGGGCCAAGUUGUUUUCAAGAAAUACCCCGGCCAACAUUCUUUUGAGACAAGUACAUAGGGAUUACUGUCUUGUCUCCAUUGUCCAUCAUGACUUCAAGGAAACUGACGAGCUAUGGGAAAUGUUGCUGGAUUAA